UGGUCUCACCUUUGUGACUGCAGGUGUUACACGUUAACCUUCAACCCGGGCGCUGGUAUGUGUGCACUUUCACUGUUCACUGUUCUGUGAAUGUGGCUUCCCCUCGCCACAUUUUUCGAAUGUUUGGCCGUGCCAGUGUGCACCGCUCACUGAACCGGUUCAUGUAGGAUGUCAACAAGUGACGCAGGAGCAGAGCCGCAGCUGAGGGCUGCUCCGCCUGCGCUCCGCACUACACCGCCAGCACCGACCGCGGCUGCACGAGCACAGCAAGAUGAAAAAGUUGGUGAAAAGUUCCAACAACAAAGUCAUGAAUCUUCAUCAGUUCAGGUCCAUCACUGGUCAGUCCUCAGACGGUAUAGAUCACAAAGAGCAUUAAUUCCCCCUGCUUACAGAAAGGGCUCAGGGGUCCACUACCGUAACCCCGGGGAACCCAGAUAUACCUCCUCUCUUUUCCUAGAAGUUUAUAAGAAUCGAAGCUUUGACAGAGCAAACCAAAGACUCAAAUCGAAGCCUGACUCCUGUCCUGGCAGUUCUACUGAACCACUGAGGGCUAGGACUGAACUCAUCUGUGGUCAGGUUAACAAAAGAACAUCUCAAGCAGAAGAAGUCGCCCGUGACAACCCACAGUUCCACGGGAAAGAGGACAUUGUCACAGCACGUUGCAGUGAACUGGAGAACUCUGCACACCUGAAUGUAAAGCACACGUCGUCGAAUGAUGACUUUGGAGGACAUGAGCGUAAUGGGUCGCACAUAUUUCCAUAUGAGACCCAAACAAGAAGGACUUUUGUGGAGCUGAGGAGAAACAUAAGAGACAAUCUAAAGGCUGACAACCACAAGGAGGUAGUAGUGUCCAACCCAAAUGAGACCAUGCUGUCUUCCACUAUGGUUUCAGUCCUUGCUCCGCACUGGAGUGGCCGAAUAAGAAGAAGUAAAAGGUAUGAGGGACCUGGAGAUUCAGAGUCCCAGGGGGCUUUCCAGGACAUGACCAACAUUUCAGGAAACCCACGUGGUCUGGAGAGGUCGCUCACAGCUGGAGCACUAACCCAACAAAGAGCAGCAUUCAUGGGUGUAAGGAGGAAUACAGUGGACUGGUCAAGUAAUAGUGACUCUGCAAGAUUAGACCGUGACCCAAAAAGAAAAGCAAUCCAGACUGUUCCUCUGGAAGUAAACUCUGGAAGAAUGGACAACAGGAAUUUAAAUCCGGGUGCUUUAAGCCCUGUCGCUACUAACAGAUCUCUACAUUUGUCCUCGUCUCUCGUCAAUCUGAAAGAACAACCAAAAACUCCACAGAGCAGAAGUCAAGGAGUGCACACGGCCUUGAGCUCCAAACCCACCACCAGCAGCCUGCUUCUUUCUCUUAGAAGAAUGAACUCUAGUGGCCGGAAUUCAAACAUAGCCUCGAGCUUUUCAGAAGAAAGCAAGACUUCAAGAGAUCAACAAGGGCAUUUGCUAACAGCACCGCAUUCUCAAAACAACAAUGACAAGGAAAGAGCAAAGUCUUUCAGUGCAGCUUCAGCAGGGCCCGUCAUGUCUCCACACAACAUGUCUGAACCUAACGUCUUUUCAGCAUCCCUAUUAAAGAAAGACACAGUGGACAAACCCUCUGUCCAACAACCACAAGCAUGUUCUAAACAUGUAUCUUUGACUGGUGCACCCUCAGUGAGACAGCAGAACUGCAGCGGUUUAGACAAAACGCCUCACAUAUAUCCAGAGAGGUCGCUGUCCUCGCUCAGACAUUCUCCGUAUGAUCCCUCUGCCCUCCUGAAAAGUCACGCCCUUCCUCAAAGGACCACGCUGACAACUACUUCCUGGUGGAAGCAGGUUACUCAGGAAAGCAUUUCCCCUCUGACUCCUAACAGUCCGCCGAACAUCAAAGCCCAGGAGACCACACCCUCAUUUGACUUGUCCAUGCCAGUUCCAGCCGACAACAGAUUCAGAAGUCAGAUUCCCCAAAAUGCAGACCACAAUAACAAAGACGAGUCAGUUUGCACAGGUAACAUGAAACUUAUGAAGGAGACGCAGGGAGGAACUCUCAGCCUCAAACAAAGAAAUGACUGGGAUUCACCGGUGCAGACAAUAGACAGGCUAUCAAAACAAUAUGGUUCCAGUAUGAAUAACAGAGAACCACAAAACCCUCAUAUUGUGGACAGUGUUACGUCUAGGUUUAAAAUUAGCGGCGAUGCAGCACAAACAACACUGAGUCAACCUAAAGAUUUCUGCAAGAAAGCUGUGAGUAAUGGAUUAUCUACAGUAACUGCAGCUGAAUCACAUCCUACUCUACAAAAUAUAAGUCCAGCUACACCCACUCACAGCAGCAGCAAAUACACUGGUAAUCAGUGUCCGUCCAAAACCAACAUGGGCCUCAAAUCUGCUCACAUAUAUUCUGACAUGCAUCCCAAACACUCCUUUUCGUCCAGCUUUUCUCUCAAUGAUCAAACUUCUACUUCUAAAACUACCGCCCCAAUCACCAAACCUACUCCUCUUUUUCAUUCUCAUCAGCUUUCCUCUAAGGCCAACAUUCACACUCCAUCCUCCCAAAUGUCCAAAUUCACCCACACCACAAACGCCACACCACUUGGUUUUGAACGAAGCUACGCCUCCUUCCCUAAGCCUUUGCCUUCCAAAUCAGUGUCCAGCCUCAUUCACACAGUUGGGCCUGCUUCCAAAACAACUUACAGUCCUGUGCCAACUGCAUCCGUCAACUCCUCUUCCACAGGGAGCCGUCCAACAAUCACAACCGUUCCAAGCCUCUCCCUUCUCACUCCGCCUGCCACUCCUGUCUUUUCCACUUCUCCAACCACUACCACACCUUCCUCUUUCCCAACUCCGCCUGCUACACCUGUUAACAAGAGCCCCAGCUGUUUGAAAUCGUCCAGCCCCAAGGAACGGACAAUGUUUUUGGACAGUCCAGAUGGAGACUCAAAGUCAAGGUCAGAGGGAAAGAAAGUUAGACGAGUAACAUGGGAUGACUCGGUGGAUAUACAGAGUCCCUCAGAGCCUAUCACAGCAGAGAAGCCAGAUUCAGUUAAUCCAGUCUCACCAAGUCCUCUAUCUGCAUCCAGCUGCCCCCGCAAUGUCAGAGCCCCGUCCAUUUUUAACUUUCUGCGAUCAAGCAGUGAAACCACGAACACAGCGCCUCUGUGCCCCGCUGCCCCUAAAACCACCAGCAUACAAGUAGAGAAAGGAUGCAAGUUCCGAUCGAUGUCAUCAGACUGUGCCGACUCAAUAUCAAAAGAAGAAGGUUGGAAACGGGAGCCUGGUGAGCGAAUGAUCUCCGACCCUAUAAGGCAGGACCUGACUGCAAAUCAAAGGGAGAGAAAACCAUGCUUUGAGUCUGACUCUGUCCAGUGCCAUUCCUCCACGUCUCUCUCCCUCCCUCCUGAUUUCUCCAGUGGAUACAGGCUCCGUUACAGCUCCCCACCGUACUCCACUCUCAUGUCGAGCAGAUCAACACAGGAAGAGCCGAAGACAAAAACAAUCAGAUCGUCACUCUUUAAACAAACAUCUCAGUCAACUUAUCCCUCAGAGCUUUCCUUACGUCCUAAUCCGAGUCCACCAUCAGAGUUUCCACUGAGCACGCCCCAGACCUUGUCUUUGCCUCCCCAGAACCAAACACCACCUUCUCAUCAAACUUCUAAAUUCCUGGUUUCAGAAACCGAUUCUCCCAAAAAUCACAGCACGGUCAUUGCUUCAGUUCACCAGAGCGGUCAGGUGUUACUUGUAAACAACAGGGUCGAUGUUAGUUCUGCGUGUUCACAGGGCGGUAAAGUAGAUAACUCUUCAACAUGUGUAACUGAAACGUUGGUGUACAGCAUUAAAACAAAAGCAAAUACAGCAAUACCUGUGCCAAAGGACACCACACCUAAGCCUGAGAAACAUACUGCAAACACAGAGGAGAACAGGCUGGGUCAACAGUCACAUACAUCAGAGAUCAAGGAAGUGUCAGAUGAACCACGUAGCUACUCUAACCAGAGCUCCAGCUCAGCUGGAAGUCAGUCACAUGGUGAUGAAAGCUGCAACAAAGUGAUGAAGGACAGUUUGCUUAGCAGGAGCAGGUUCUUUUCUGUAGAGGGCAACAAUGAACAAAGUCCAAAAAGGAGCCGCUUUGCACUGAAGAAAAGUGUGAGCACACCAAACUCUAGUUUGUCAAGGUCAGACUCUGAGAAAAGCAGCAAAGGAAACAAAAAAAUGGACCAGGUCCUGAACAAACUGAGACAAACAUUCAGCCCCAGGCGUUCAGAUGACGAUUUGUUGUUUCCUUGGAAAUCAAGGCGGUCUUCACAAACGCCCUCUGUCAGUGGGUCAAGUGACGUUAGCACUGUCAGCGAUGUCCCUUCUGACAGCACUAAAAUGUUAGAGGAGCAAACACAGAAAGGAAAACUGUUGGUGAAGGACAAAGUUAAGGUCGGUGAGGAUCAAAACAAAUACAUCAUUGUACCACCACCAGGGGGAGAUAAGUUCUCAGUUUGGACAGAAAAAACAACUCCUGACACUGACCAAGACGCAAAGAACAAUUGUCCUGGGCAUAAAUCAGAAAGUGGAGGCCCAGUUCAUGCCACAGAAUCCAGCCCAACACUUUAUCAGUGUGAUUUGUACAAAGAUAAUAAGACAGAUAACAAGUCCAGCAACCAGUAUCCAACAAGUAGAGAUCCCAGUCCUAGCAGGAUCCCAAACCCAUCAGGUGGUUAUCCCACCCAGUUAAGGAAGUCCACGUCCAGCCCAAAAAGUCCAUUCUCUCCCUUUUCCUCUCUGGCCCCCAUUUCCCCUUUUCCCUCACCUGAAGUAACAGAUGACAAUGUUUUCUACAGCCCAAAGCUGCAGCGUCGUAGAGACUCCUCCUCACCAUGUGAGCCAGGAGAAGGAUUGAGUUUAGGGACCUGUAGGAGUCGAGCAUCCACAGCUCCUCCAACUGGAGGAAUGGGCCAAGACAUGGAGCACUCACCAACGUCCUACGCAGACCUAAAGUAUGGCAUUGUGCCCGGAAGGUCGUUUUCCGUCAGCUCAGUGCUGUCCAGUCGACCCUCAGGUCCUGGACGCAUCUCCACAGGAGCCAGAGUCAUGAGUGUCGGAGACCUCCCCAAGUCGUCUUUGACUCGUGCCUGUUAUAGUGAGGACUGGGAUGAAACCGACUGGUUCACAGGGAAUAAUGGUCAGCCCUCGAAUGAAUCAGGUUUUCCCUGUAGUUCUGGCAAAAUCCGAUCAAGGUCUCUACCGCGAUCAUUGACAAAGUGCUUGGCAAACUGGAAUUCAGACGUCUUCGAUCCUCACCUUGCACCCACCCCGGCUUCAAAGUCAGACGCCCACUGUAGUUCUAAUGUUAACAUAUGUCACUUCGACUGGGAUGCGGAGGGCCCCCCAACUCCUCCUCCGACCCCUCCCUUGUCACCAGUGUCAAGACGCAUGUCUACAGCUCCCAGCAAAUCCUCCCCUACCUUUCCGAGCCCACCGGGAGCACCACAGUCUCUAGAGAGCCAGCCGUCCAGAGGGCAUCUGCCCUCCAGAGGCUACGUGUCCAGCCUCAGUACCUUCGAAGAGUCUUCAGACAGCUGCUCGGACACGACCACAGACGAUGAAUAUUACUUAGAAGCGGGUGACGGCGACGACAAAGAGACAGAGUUGUAAAAUCGGGAAAACAAUCGGGCGCUCCUGGCUUACGUUAUCCUGCUUUUGUUUAUGUUCAAAAAGGUAAAUCGACCUCCUCUGGACUUUUAUUUUGUCGUAGUGGGGACUAGCACUGUCACUUUUUCCAAGAUUCGAGUUUCAGACCAAAAUAACAGGACAAAACUGAACAGAAGUGAAUAUAACAAUCUGACCAAAUGCUGCUUUUUCAUAUUAUUUGAUUUUGUAUUUAUCCACCCUGGGAGCGAGGCUCGUAUGUAUACUCUGUGUAAACCAGACAGCUCUCGUGGUGAACCAAGGUUAUCGCUAACCUGCAUGAUCUACUUUUCCUACUUGGUGGAUGCUACAGUAUGAACAACCCAGAAUGAUGUUAUCAACACCUGUUUUAAGCAUGUACAGUGUAUAGAUGAACCGUCAGUGUAUUGUCAGUGAUGUAUUUAGUGAGGGACUUGUUGUAAUAAUCAACCUUAUGUAUAGGGUGUUCUCUUUACCACUGCAUUUCAUUCUGCUAAGAAUAUAUUUAAUCACCAGUCUCCUGCGUUGAAGAUUUAAAUAACGAGUUAUAAUAAUAAUAAGUUUUGCAGUGUGGCAUGUACAAGAGAAAUGUUAUUAUCUGUGCUUGAUGCAACCCCUGCUCCUAUUUGCACAUUGACGAUCUAAAGUCCUAAUAUAUGUAUUUUAUAAAUAAAUGUAACGUUCUCAUCAGUUA